CCUCCCACCCCUCCCGGAAGUUGAGUCGCGGACUGAGCGCACUCUGAAGUUGCCGAGACGCUCUUGGCGUGCUGCUUCCUCUCUGAUUCUGUCGGUCUCGGCGGGGACCCACGAGGAUCAAAAUGCCUCGAUACGCGCAGCUGGUGAUGGGCCCCGCCGGCAGCGGAAAGAGUACGUACUGCCACACCAUGGUCCAGCACUGUGAGACCUUGAACCGCUCCGUCCAAGUGGUGAACCUGGAUCCUGCAGCCGAGCACUUCAGCUACCCAGUGAUGGCAGACAUCCGGGAGCUGAUAGAGGUGGACGACGUCAUGGAGGACGACUCCCUGAGGUUUGGCCCCAACGGCGGCUUGGUCUUCUGCAUGGAGUACUUUGCCAAUAACUUCGACUGGCUGGAGAGCUGUCUCGGGCACGUGGAAGACGACUACAUCCUCUUUGACUGCCCAGGCCAGAUCGAGCUCUACACUCACCUGCCGGUGAUGAAGCAGCUGGUGGAGCGCCUGCAGCAGUGGGAGUUCCGCGUCUGCGGGGUCUUUCUGGUGGACUCUCAGUUUAUGGUGGAGUCGUUCAAGUUUAUCUCCGGGGUCAUGGCAGCCCUCAGCGCAAUGGUGUCUCUGGAAAUCCCCCAGAUUAACAUUAUGACCAAGAUGGACUUGCUGAGUAAGAAAGCAAAGAAGGAAAUAGAAAAGUUCCUUGAUCCUGACAUGUAUUCUUUGAUAGAGGAUUCUACAGGUAUAUUAAGAAGCAAAAAAUUCCAAAAGUUGACUAAUGCCAUCUGUGGAUUGAUCGAUGACUACAGUAUGGUCCGGUUUUUGCCCUAUGACCAAUCAGAUGAAGAAAGCAUGAACAUUGUCCUACAGCAUAUUGACUUCACCAUUCAGUAUGGAGAAGACUUGGAGUUUAAAGAACCAAAGGAACAUGAAGAAGACAGCUCAUCUAUGUUUGAUGAAUAUUUUCAAGACCUGGGGAAUAAAUGAAGAUAUUUAAUUUUUCCAGUAUUUAUUAAAGCAUGAAGAGCUUUGCAGGCAGACUCUUACAAAGACUCGUUUUUAGCCUCAGGAAGAAGUGACUGGAGAAUUCAUCUUUCCAAAGCAGAAAAGAGUAUGGCUAAUCCACAAUCUGAACUUCGUCACUUCCUCCUUCCCCCAAAGAAAAAGGAUAAUUUGGAAAAAUCUACAAAUGUUUCCAAAUGGAGUCCUAAAUUCUCUAGGAUGUAUAUUACAUCCUGGCUGGACUCUAAAUAUGGUCUGAAUCGGGAUUCCCACUUAGAACAAUUUAGGUUUGUAAAAAACACACAAUUAUGUGCUGACAAGCCCUUGGUGCUGCUAUUUCUAGUAGGGAAGAUCUCAAUUUACUUUCAUUUUGGGGGAAAGACAGUUGACAUUGUGGUGUGGAAGUGGCAAAGAAAGAGAUUUCAGCUUCCUAUCAAGAAAGAAAGAUUUCCUGACAACGUAAGCUACAUCCAAAUCUCAUGGGGCCCUUCAGGACGAGAUGGUCUGCCUUACUUCGAUCAAAGGCUAGUCGUGAAUGUGGUAGAAAGGAUCAUUUUUUACAGAUUCAAUUUGUACUAGAUGGCCUCUUUACUCAAAUUCUUUCCUGUGGUUUUGCUGUGGAAAAAUGAUUCCAUUCCCUUCCCUCAGAAUGGAUUGCCUAGAAAUUAGUUUUGUAAUAAGAAAUAAAAUGUUUUAUCUCAGUUAUUCAUAGCCUUUUUAUAUUCCAAUUAUAUUUUGAAACCUCCCUUCCCCCCUUCUUUUUUGGUCUAGAAUUAAAUACCCUGUACCAAAUACAGAUAUUUAAAUAUAUCUAUACCAGAUGUGAAUUGACAGCUGUGUGUAACUUACCUAUAUUAAUUAAUUUCCUGGUUAAGUGACUUUUCCAGCCAGCAAGUGACUGAGGCAGUAUUGGAACUCUGGUUUUUCUGACUUUACGGCCACACAAUUCUCUGCCCUCGUUGGUCAUCCUAUCCCAUUAAAAUUCUAAGAUUCUUGGAGCAUAAAGAGAAUUGAAACUUAGUAAUUCCAAAACAGUAAGGAAUCAUGGGUUUUGGUUGAGCCAACCAAAACAUGGCAGACAUUGCAAGACAUCUACCCUGUGCUUUUGUUUGCUCUGUGAAGAGGAAAGCUUUCAUAUCCGCUGGUCCCCUGACCAUACACCCCACACUCUGUGGUGCUCUGCUGUCCCCUGGGCUGUAGUCUGGAAAGGUUCCCCCCACAAUUCCCUUGGAGCUUUUUUCCUGAGCUCAGCGUAAUGUCCAUUAGGCUCAGAGAGAGCGAUUUUGGAGUCCCCUUAAGAGAGGACAUAUAUAGGAGGGCUUCUUAAACCUUUUCCAUUCACGACUUCUCUUUGCCUGAGAAAUUUUUAUGCAACCCUGGGUAUAUAGGUAUACAAAAUAGAUAUACAAAUCAAACAUUUACUGAGAACAAAUCAUAAUUUUGCAACUCCCAUGUUGUUACAUGGUCCCCUAUGGGGUUGUAACCCCACAGUUUAAGAAGCCCCCUUUUAUUAAUGAGGAAACAGGUCCAGAAUGAUGGAGUGAUUUCAUAGAAAGUUUUCAUUUUGGGAGCAGGACUUAGUAGUCUAUUGACCUUGCCCUGGUGAUGAGGUCUUGAAUGGUAGGCGUGUUGGGCAGAGAGAAACUGGAAGGUUGAAAAAGAAGGCACUGAUAGAGAUCAGUUUAGUUCUGUGGUCCCACCUGCUGUGCAGGUGAUCUGGUCAGAAAUCCAAGUCAUCUCAAGUCCCUGAGACUAAAUUUUUCCUAUAAAUCUGCUUAAUGGCCCAUGUCAUCUGGGCCACACCCUCUGAGUCAGUCCCACUAGGCCUUCUGCCUCCUGGUGUCUUUCCCCUUGUCCCCGCCAUAUCACAUAGUAUCUCUCCUAAUCCUACCAUGCUUCUCAGCCCUACUUAUCGAUAACUAGCUCUUUUAGGGGGACAAAAAAAAUCCCUUUUAAGAUUUAGCCUGCCCACUAAGGGCAUGCUCCAACAUCAUGGGAUGUUUCUCCUGGUAAAUGGCAAGUUCCAUCAAGAAACUUGCUCUUUCCAUCAUUAAUUAUUAAAGCCCCUUUCCAUCCCCAAUCCUAUUUCAUAUUUACCAAUUUUGGUGUCUGUUGUAUCCCAUCAUUUUGUCUGUAAUUUCUUCUAAAUAAACCUAUCUUUUGCCAAAGAAAA